ACUGUCAACAUGUCGUGGCAGAGAAAGCACACAGCGUAACCCAACGGCACAUCUAGAGCCCGUUCCAGGUCCCUGGUGUUGUGCACGCACACUGGGACGCUCAAUGGGACUGAGUGCUCAACCGCAAAGCGUUGCACUGGGCAGCGGGAGCCGGGAACGAACAGGCUCUCCGUCUCCUGCUGGACCACGACACGGACGUCGAUGAGAGGGACACUGUACGUACACGCUCAUGAUGAUGCUCUUAACUGUAGCGCUUACAUUUGCUGCACUAACAGCUGACACUUUUUAAAUAUCUUUAAAGAAUAUCAAGGACAAAGUUCAGUCUAAAAGCAUGUCACCAACUGGUGAUUUGUCUUCUGAUGUAAAUCUUUAUAAGAACAUAGAGGUCAUUUCUCUUACCUUUUAUUUCAGAUUCAUGAGGAUUUCUCUGGAAGGCUGUAACUCAAUAUAAUAAUGUAAAAGGGGAUUUUGUUGUUGUUGUAUUAAUUGCUUAUGUGCUUCUGUAUAUUAACUUUUCUCAAGGAGCAGUGUGUCAUUAGUGAAUGAUCACCUGAAACUAAGCAUCCUUGUGUGGCAUUCAGUUGGUUGCAGUCUGCCACCACAGUGCCCGACACCACUAAAGCCCACACGCGGGCCCUUUUGAAGCCAUAAACCUGGCCAGGUCCUGCAGGAGGAAAUAAGCCGUCAUGGUAAUAUCUGGUACAUUGACAUGAUGGACUCAAGUGAUCAAUGCGCCUUGUCUCUUCUUAAAUUAAAUAAACAGAUGUUUCUUUUCGACGCUGUGAGAGGAGCAUAGAAUAGACACCGCUGACACAUUCAGGUCAAGUGAUCUCAGUGAGGAAGCACACAGCAGGACCGAGACAGACCGACGUCAGUACGGAGAGUGCUCCUUUACAUCCUUCACUGUUUCCGAACACUUUUUAGUUUUUGUUGUCCACAGUUUGGCAUGAACGCUCUGCUCCUCGCGUCCUGGUUCGGUCACCGGAAGGUCCUGCAGAUGCUGGUGUCCUGUGGGGCGAAGCUCAACUGUGAAAACAAAGAUGGUCUGAGCAUGCUGCACUGUGCUGCCCAGCGAGGCCACAUCCGAAUAUUGGAGUUCAUCAUGGAGGACCUGGAAGGCGUCCGUCUCGACAGAGUGGACAAGUCGGGGAAGACGGCUCUUCACCUGGCUGCUGAACAUGGACUUUUUGAAGUGGUGGAGUUUCUGAUUGGAAUGGGUUGCACACAUGGUCUGAAAGACAAGGAAGAGAACACAGCCGUGCAUCUGGCAGCCAAGUGCGGAAACACAGACGUUCUGCAGAAGAUGGUGGAGACUGGAGUCGACGUCGACGAGAGAAACAUAGAUGGUCUCACAGCAUUGCACGUGGCCGCUGAUGGAGGUCACUACGAGUGUGUCAAACUGCUGCUGGAGUCCGGCUGCAAUGCCAACGCACAAACUAAUAAGAAUAUGAAUGCUCUCCACUACGUGGCUCUGCGUGGCUUUAACCGGGAAGCCAGUUUGCUGCUGGAGGCCGGAAUCAACAGAGACGCUGUAGACAAUCAACACAACACAGCGCUCCACUUGGCUGUGUUCCACAACCACACCGAGGUUUUACGGCUGCUCAUCGAUGCCGACUGCGACCUGGACAUCACGGACAGUAGACAACAGAGUGCUUUGCACAUCGCGGCAGAGCACGGCUGGCAGGGCCUGGCGGAGAUGCUGCUGCUCUCUGGCGUUGACCUCAAUCUGACCGACAAGCAGGGGAAAAGGUGUCUGGAGGUGGCGGCCAGAGGAAACAACGUCAUCCUGGUCGACAUGAUCAUCAAAGCUGACCGUUUCUAUAAAUGGGAGAAGGAUCAGAUGGGCAGCGAGGAGGACUCCUGGGUGGGCAGACCUCUGAGCUUCAAGCAGGACCACCAGCCGGAGACCCAGCACCUCCGGUCCGUGCUGUGGAGCCUGGCCACCAAGCACCUGUGCCGCGGCGAGUGGAAGAUCCUGGCGCAGCACUGGGGCUUCAGCAACGCACAUAUACGAGCUUUAGAACAGCAGUGGACCGGUAUGAAAAGCUUUAAAGAGCAUGGCCACCGAAUGCUGCUGAUCUGGUUCCAUGGAGUCGUGAUGGCGGGGGAGAACCCGAUCAAGGGCCUCUACGAGGGGCUGGUGGAAAUCUCACGGGCAGACUUGGCAGAGUGCAUCCGGCAGAAGGCAAACGCAGAGACCGGCUCUCCUAAAAUGUGCUCUGCAAUGUGAUCAACACUGAGUGACUGCGAAGGUAUAGUUUCACAUAGCCAGACCUAUUUCCACAGCCUGAGGAAAAGGUCUGGCUCUGCACAUUACUAUUCUGGUCUCUGUUUUAUAUGUCUUUUUAAAUCAAUUAUAAUCGACGGCGUAAAGCACAGGAUGCAGCGGCGAUGCCCUUCAAAAUAUAUGCAAUGUGGCCAAUGGCAGGCUGACACACAUGGUCCACAUUCGGUGAGUCCGACACAAGGCAACACAACCAAUCCAAGACAUCAGUUCAAUUUAAGAUUUUUUAACUGUAAAUGCCCAUUUAAAAAAGUGUUGCAUCAUCUGUGGCAUGACCCGUUUACAUAGUCACACACUGAAUAUACUGUGAUUGUUCUGGAUUUAGUUCACAGAAAAAGUAUUUUAGGGUUUGGGAAAACGGAGGUUGUAAACCUGUCAAAAAUACCUGGUGAAAAUAAAAAUGAAUAUUUCUUG